AUGCCCGACAAGCAGGCUAGUUCGCACGACAAAGGAAACCUCGCUGGCUCCAUCGCCGGCGCUGUCGCCGGCUCAGACAUAGCGGGAAAGCUGGGAAUGGGCCAAAUCGGCGGAAUUGCCAGCAGCAUUUUGGGCUCUGCUGAAGGCGGCAAGGCCGAGAACAAAAUCAAAGACAAAAUCGAUAACCACUGA